AUUGUUGUGUAUUUUCCUUGAAAUUAUCAUUUGAAACUUUAAAACUUGAAUAAAAAUAAUAAAUAAGGUUAAAUAUAUUCAGCAGCAUCUUUUUUACUAUUAAAUGUUGUUAACAAAAUUGCUAAUUUAAUUAAACAUUUGUCUGAACUUAUCUGCUGUUUGCCUACAAUUACAAUCAUUAAUUCUGAAUCUUUUCUAAGAGCAUUAUUUUUGUAAUGUAAGAGGUAAUCGUAAUUGUAAUUACUGACUUUCACUUAAGGACUCCCGUUAUUCCUGAGUUUCUACAGAGAUAUUUAAAAAAAUAAACAUGUAUACACAUCUGAUAUAGUAUAUAUAGAUAUAUGACAACAUGGCAUCAGCAUUUCAGCAACAAAUAUUUGCUUUAGACGCUCGAUUCAAUGCAUAUCGAGCGCCAAAUUAUCCCAAUUUCAAAACCUUAUAUAUACGACGUCGCAGUCAACUUCUUCGAGAGAAUGCUAAAUUUAAGGAUAUAGAGACAAUAAAAAAAUAUAUAAAUAUUAGAAGUCAACUGCUGCAGAGGCGGUAUGGCGUUCAGGAUAACAUAUCCAUCAGUUCAAGUUCUUCACGCCCAAGAUCUAGUAGUAAGGCUAGUUUAGCAUUUGAUGAUUAUCCAAGCUCGAGCAAGAGAAAAAAUGACAUGACUAUAUCUGAAAAUUAUGCAUUUUCUGGAGUUCAUCAUAUAUUUGAUCAGCACACUGAUCAAGUGAGUGUAGUGAAGUUUGCUAAUAACGACAGAUCGAAAUUGUGCUGUGCGUCGCAUGAUGGCACCGUGUCCAUCUGUGACGUAAUGGCUUCACCACCACGCGUAAGUUUUGUUCUCGAGGGACACACCAAGGCGGUGACCGGGUGUGAUUGGUCGGCGUCGAACGAGCUUCUGGUGACAAGUGGACUGGAUGGAACGCUUUGUCUAUGGGACGUAACGCGCCGGCGGCGGCUACGCGUGGUGGCAGACCAACUGGCCGCACCCCUUCUCUGUUGCGUCUUCCAGCCGGCUAAUAACAACAUGGUCAUUGCUGGUAACGCUCGAGGUAUGGUCGAAGUACUCAAUGUGUCUACUGGGAUAUAUCCGAAGGGCGGCACCAGCAUCCUGGGUGGGAGGGUGUUGUCGAUAGCAUGUGAAUCUAGCGGCAGAAUGUUCUGGGCGGCAAACGAUAAGGGUGUCAUAGUGAGCUAUCGGCUGGAGGGCGCGGGCGGCGCGCUCAGCAAGCUGCGGCGGUGUAUUGUAGGCGGCGCAGCUAGCUGCGUCAGCUGGAGCCCGUAUCUCGCGCGACACCCCGCUCUGCUCGUCAGCGCGGCCGACAACUCGCUCUACCUGUUCCGGAUAGUGGACCGCGAGGGUAGUUUGGUGUUGAAGAAGCGUUUCGACACCCUACACAGCGUGCACAGUGUGAAGUCGACGUUUUGCCCGAUCAUGUCGUUCCGGCGGGGCGUGUGCGUGGUCACCGGCAGCGAGGACUCCUGCGUGUAUUUCCUCGACAUAGAAGGGCACGCCGACCAACCGGUCGUAAAUAAACUACAAGGACACGCGUCGCCUGUGCUGGGCGUCAGCUUCAGCUACGACGAGAGCUUGCUGGCUACCAGCGAUGUAUCUGGUCUAGUUAUCAUAUGGCGACGCAGUUGACAGCGGUCGGCCCGUACCGACCAGUAAUAGUAUUUUUUGUAUAUACAUCUUAUUCUAGUAAUUGUAAAUAAAUUAUGUAUAAACAUUAAUAGUACUUAAAAAUGUAUCCAUGUAAAAUUGAAUAUAAAUAGAUAAAUUUAAAAAAGAUGUAUUAAUAUAUUUUUCUGUUCACAUUUUGAGGUUCUUUUUUUCAGUUUAGUUACAGGUUAUAAUUGGUUUAUUCGUUUAGGAUCAAAUGUCGCAGACAGACGGAUACACAGACAGGAUAAUUAAUACCCCUAUUUUACGAAACUAUGAAAUUGUUAAUCUGAACAAUAAACAAUAUUGUUCAUUUCAACUGUAUUCUAUAAAUUGUGUAGACUCAAAUAGGAUAAUUUUAACUUAAACUGGUUCAUUGAAGGUACCUAUUUUUACUAUUAUGAUAGAGUAACAAUCGCUCUGUAUUGUGUAGAUAAAUAACAUUUAUUCAUGAACGUAAAUAACUUAGGAUUUAUUCA